GCAAAUGUCUGCAGACUGCGGCUCACCGUGCCUCCUGAGAGCCCAGCCCCCGAGCAAAUGGAGAAGAUUGCGAGGAGUGAGCAGCCUCCUGAACUAAGCAAUGGGGAAUCGCCCCGGAAACUUCCUCAGGGUGUGGUUUAUGGCGUCGUUCGAAGAUCUGAUCAAAACCAGCAGAAGGAAAUGGUGGUGUACGGCUGGUCUACCAGUCAGCUGAAAGAAGAGAUGAACUACAUCAAAGAUGUGAGAGCCACUUUGGAGAAAGUAAGGAGGCGCAUGUAUGGAGACUAUGAUGAAAUGAGGCAGAAGAUUCGCCAGCUCACCCAGGAACUGUCAGUUUCCCACGCUCGGCAGGACUAUCUGGAGAACCACAUCCAAACCCAGUCGUCAGCCCUGGAGAGUUUCAAUACCAUGAACUCAGCCUUGGCGUCAGACUCCAUUGGCCUGCAGAAAACCCUGGUGGACGUUACUUUGGAAAACAGCAACAUUAAGGAUCGGAUCCGGAACCUGCAGCACACGUACGAAGCCUCCAUGGACGAGCUGCGGGAGAAGCAGAGGCAGCUGGAGGCGGCGCAGGUGGAAAAUCAGCUGCUGAGGAUGAAGGUGGAAUCCUCCCAGGAGGCCAACGCUGAGGUGAUGAGGGAGAUGACCAAGAAGCUGUACAGCCAGUAUGAGGAAAGGCUGCGGGAGGAACAGCGAAGGCACAGCGCCGAGAGGGAGGCCCUCCUGGAAGAAACCAACAGUUUUCUGAAAGCGGUUGAAGAGGCCAAUAAAAAGAUGCAAGCGGCGGAGAUCAGCCUCGAGGAGAAAGACCAGAAGAUCGGGGAGCUGGACAGGCUCAUCGAGCGCAUGGAGAAGGAGCGGCACCAGCUGCAACUCCAGCUUCUGGAGCACGAGACAGAAAUGUCCGGGGAGAUUCCUGUGGCUGACAAGAAAAGGUAUCAGCAGCUGGAGGAAGCCUCCGCCAGCCUCCGAGAGCGGAUCCGACACCUGGACGACAUGGUGCAUUGCCAGCAGAAGAAAGUCAAGCAGAUGGUUGAGGAGAUUGAAUCAUUAAAGAAAAAGGUGCAACAGAAACAGCUCUUGAUACUGCAGCUUUUAGAGAAGAUAUCUUUCCUAGAGGGAGAGAAUAAUGAACUUCAAAGCAGAUUGGACUAUUUAACAGAAAGCCAGCCAAAGACUGAAGUAGAAACCAGAGAGAUUGGAGUGGGCUGUGAUCUUCUACCCAGCCAGCCAGGCAGGACCCGUGAAAUCUCCAUGCCUUCCCGGAGCUACACCCCAUACACCAGAGUCCUGGAGUUGACCACGAAGAAGACACUGACCUAAGCAUGUGGUCACGUGGGGCACCAGCACUUUUUGAUAAAUAGACCAGUAACCCUGCUUCUUGAAGUCGGGAAGGGUUGACUGUCGUUUCCUCGCGUACACAGCGUAAGCAGUGUGGACAUCGUGGCGGCUGUGAUCUACUUCUAAGACAGGAAGAACUGCAAAGGUGGAGGGGGUCAGGCCGGGGAGAGGCCUACAAGUCGCAUUUCAGGCACCCAGCCAAUCCAUCCCACUGUCAACAUCAUUAUUGUUUGCUUGUAGACAUUGAAGUCCGAAGAGGAUUUCACAGUAUUUUCUGUUUUGCUAGACUUUGGUUGGGAAGGAAAUUAAUUUGAAAUUUCACAUUAUUCAUGCCAGGAUAGUUUGUUACAGUGUUUUGGUUUUGUUUACCCAUAAAAGUAUUACAGGCAGUGUUUCUCUGGCACAGAGAGGCCUAUCCCUGAGAAGCAGGGGUAUCUGGGGACCCCUGCACCCGGAAGGAAGGACUGCAGCGUGCAGUGUGCUCUCUUGGUCCUCGGGGUCUGUGCAGGACUGGGGGAGCCCUGGUUAAAGAUAUAUGUGGGCCAGGCAAGCUUCCUUCCAGUGUGCUGCUCCUUUGUUUUAAUUUGUGCCUUAUGCCUUUAUUGGGCCAGCUGAAAUCACUGUAUUUACUCAACCUGUGACUUUUUCUUCUCUCUCACUAACUUAAAGACAAUUUUGUGUGUUGUGGAAAUUAAUCAUGUAAUGUUUUCAGUGUCAAUUAGUAUUCUGGUUAAAUGAAUGACUAAGCUGUCCAUCCACGCUGUACUUUGAUAUCAUAACCGAUGUCACAUAUGUUUAAUAAAUGCCAUAUAUUUUAUUCUUCAAA